AUGACCGGGGAGAAGAUCCGCUCCCUGCGCAAGGACCACAGGCCGAGCAAGGACGAGGACCUCCUGGAGCCGGACGAGGAGGCUGCCACCGGGACCUUCGCCGCCUCCAAGACCAGCAGCAAGAGCCGAGCGAGUAAAAUCUUCAGCAAUCACAAGUUGAUCAAGUCGUCGUCCACGCAGCAGCAGCAGCAGCAGAACCAGCAGAUUAACGCCAACACGCUGUCAACAUCAGAUGUCAUCGAUGACAACAACAAGAACCCCAUCAUCCGAACCGGACAAGACUUCCCGGUGCACGAGUGCGUGUUUAAAGGAGAUGUCCGCCGCCUGUCCUCGCUCAUCCGGACGCAGAACAUCGCGCAGAAAGAUGUGCACGGAAACACACCGCUGCACCUCGCUGUCAUGAUGGGCAACAAAGAGUGUGCCCACCUGCUGCUGGCCCACAAUGCACCAGUGAAGGUGAAGAACGCACAGGGAUGGAGCCCCCUUGCAGAGGCCAUCAGCUACGGAGACCGACAGAUGAUCACGGCGCUGCUGAGGAAGCUGAAGCAACAGUCCAGAGAGAGUGUGGAGGACAAGAGGCCCAAGCUGCUGAAAGCCUUGAAAGAGCUUGGUGACUUUUACUUGGAGCUUCACUGGGACUUCCAAAGUUGGGUGCCUUUGCUCUCCAGAAUCCUGCCUUCAGACGCCUGUAAGAUCUACAAGCAGGGCAUCAACAUCAGAUUGGACACCACACUGAUAGACUUCACAGACAUGAAGUGCCAGCGCGGUGACCUCAGCUUCAUCUUCAAUGGAAAUGCCGUCCCCUCCGAGUCUUUUGUUGUUCUAGACAACGAACAGAAAGUUUACCAGCGGAUACACCACGAGGAGUCAGAGAUGGAGACAGAGGAGGAAGUUGACAUCCUGAUGAGCAGCGAUGUUUACUCUGCCACACUCUCCACCAAGUCCAUCACUUUCUCAAGGGCGCAGACUGGUUGGCUCUUCAGAGAAGACAAGACGGAGCGCGUGGGAAAUUUCCUGGCAGAUUUCUACUCUGUGAACGGCCUGGUCCUCGAGUCCAGGAAGAGACGCGAGCAUCUGAGCGAGGAGGACAUCUUGAGGAACAAAGCCAUCAUGGAGAGCCUGAGUAAAGGAGGGAACCUCAUAGAGCAGAACUUUGAGCCCGUGAGGAGACAAUCUCUAACCCCCCCAUCACCCAACACUAUAUCCUGGGAAGAAUACAUCAGUGCUGACAAUGGAAAAGCUCCUCAUAUAGGACGAGAGCUGAUCUGCAAAGAGAGCAAGAAAAACUUCAAAGCAACCAUCGCCAUGAGCCAAGACUUCCCUCUGGGCAUCGAAUCGUUGUUAAAUGUUCUGGAGGUGAUUGCACCCUUCAAGCACUUUAAUAAACUCAGGGAGUUUGUGCAGAUGAAGCUCCCCCCUGGUUUUCCUGUUAAACUCGACAUCCCGGUCUUUCCGACGAUCACGGCCACGGUGACGUUUCAGGAGUUUCGCUACGACGAGUUUGAGGAGACCGUUUUUACCAUUCCUAAUGAGUAUAAAGAAGACCCCAGCCGCUUCCCCGACCUUUAACCUCUCCACGCUGGGAAAGGAAACACAUUUACAACAAGGCAACAUUCUGCUACAAGACAUACUUUUAUAAAAAUACAAAACGAAAAACAAACGGCGAUAAUCGCUUCUUCACAGUUUAUAGAUUCCAUCGGACGUUCCAGACUCUGAUCACAAACCAACGAGCAGAGUUUGAUGAACAUGACGGAGCUGACAGAGACGUCAACACCUGAUGAGAGUGAGCGUCUCAUCAGUGAAAGGGCAAGUUGAGUGAGUGAGAGGUGAGUUUCCUGGUGACGGGGUGUGAGAAGACGACCAGCUCAGCUGAUUUGCCGUAGUCACGUCUGUGAGGGAUGUUUAUAAAUGACUGUGUUAAACUGACCUGUAGUGAAGCACUGAUGUUACUGUGUGACAUGUCGAGGAGGAAGUUCACUAAAAUUCAGUUUUUCAGCUUCUUUUCCUACUGAAGUAAAAAAAGAAAACUCUCAAGGUGCAAAGUCAUUUUAACUUUGUGACAUUAGAUGUAAAGGUCAACAACAUAAAACUGUACAUAAUCUAAUCCAGAUGUUUCAAACACAUGUGGGGGGGGAAUGAAAUCAUCUUUUUUUUUUACUCUCACUUCUUGAACAUCAUCAAAUGUAAAAGUUUUCCCAAAGAGAAACACUAAACAUUUAAGAUUCACAAAACUGAAAAUCUGUUCAAGUCGAUCUUUUACUGUUGUAGGUUACAAAAAUGGAAAUCGACGAUGAUUUUCAUGGGCAUGAAGUAGCAUCACUGACCUCCUGGGCACUGUUUAGAUCCACUACGGCGACUGUGCGUUCAGUUGAGUUCACUUUGUGACGCUCAACGCUAAGUUUGUUUCUAAAAAUAUUUUUAAUGGUACCACAGAUUUUUUUCUCUGUCUGAGCAGCGGCGAGCGUAAGUUCUGAUGUGCGAGCGUUUUGUUUCUGACUUCACUUUUUGUAAACUAUGUAACAAACGGACGUUGUACAGAUGUAAGACGUUAGGGAAUGAAUGACAACAACAUUCACGACAUUUUUACACUUAACAAGAACCAGGAUUUUUCCUCCUGCACAAUAAGUAAAUACACGUUUUAUUGCUUUUGUCUUUUUAUGUUUUCUCAUAAGUUGUGAGUUGUGGAAUAUUUUUUAGUGUAGCGUCACACAGGUCCAUUUAUUUGGUUUGUAAACAUGGUGGCAGUUGCUAUUUUUGUACAUAUUUGUGUUGUUUUAAAGAAAAUAUGAAAAAUCUUUAAUUCCUCCUGUCAUUCUUUUCCCGUGAUAAAUUUUACGAGCCUCCUUCAGAUGUGUGGAACCAAAAAUCCCCUCCCCCAUGUGAAAAGCACAAAGCACCGAGGUUCUUAGACAAGUGAGUUCUUAGAGGCGUUCACUGGAGGCUGGGGAAAACCACAGUGAGGUCUGUACCGGUGCUACUAUGGUUCAUGGUUCAUGGUUCAUCUUAAUGAAGUUGAAACAAAUGUUUGACGAUGUUCUUCUUGUUCUCUGGUUGUUCAGCAUCAACACAAAAGACCAACAUGCUUAUUUAUAUCCAUAUUCAGUGCAGCUGAAACUGUUGUAAAGGUCUGCAACACUAUUUUCAUAAAAAAUUUACUAAAAUAAAACUUCCACAUAUCUAACGGAAUUUGGACUCCAUGUUUUGUCACAUUCUCACAGUUGUGUCAGGAGGAGGACGUAGUUUGACAUUUUGGUAAAUGUGGUUUAUUGUAAUUAGAAGAUUGAGCUGACUGAUAAUCAUAUUCAUGUCAGUUUAAUGUGGAGCUACAGCUGAGACAUGAGGUGGUUUGAUGUUUGAUUACAUUUUCAAAUGGCACUUUAAAGUUCUACCAACACUUUGUAAUGCAGAAGAUAAUAACACUAUAUAGAAACCAGUAACAUUACUGUCAUGUGUACAUCGGUUAAUGUGUGUUACUCAAAUCUUUAAAGGUUUUUCAAAAUUAAAAUAGCUUUGUAACUAAGGUCAUGGUUCUCCUGAUUGAUGAAAUGUCACUAAUGUAGAAAGAACUUGUUUUAACAGGGUCUAGUUUAAAAGCUGUUGUAAUAACUAGGAUAAGGACAUCACAUAAAUAACUCAUUGGUGUAACGUGGUCACACACCCUCUAAUUCUGCAUUUCAAACAAGGGAAAUUCAUUUUAAGAUCCUCAUCAUUUACGCUCAAAUCUUGGUGUUGUGUGGACCGA